GGGAGAGGUGACGCUCAGAACAGCGACCUCAGGCGCACUGAGACGCGCAGAGAAGACGCAGUCAGAUCCAGUAUGGCGCUAUCAAAUGUCCUCGAAACUCCUGCAGCUGGGUUUAAUUUCGACAACGCAGCAAGGAAUGCUGCAUUAGAGGGUCUUUUUGGUGAGGGACAGACACCUAAAGCGAUGAAAACAGGCACCACCAUAGCAGGAGUUGUGUUCAAGGAUGGGGUGGUGCUGGGAGCAGACACAAGAGCUACCUCCAGUGAAGUGGUGGCUGACAAGAUGUGUGCCAAGAUCCACUACAUUGCUCCAAAUAUAUAUUGUUGUGGAGCAGGCACAGCAGCAGAUACAGAGAAGACCACAGAGCUGCUCUCCUCCAACCUCACCAUAUUCUCUCUGAACAGUGGGAGGAACCCUCGAGUUGUAAUGGCCGUCAACAUAUUACAGGAUAUGUUGUACAGGUAUCACGGCCAAAUCGGUGCCAAUCUUAUACUUGGAGGAGUGGAUUGCACUGGGAACCACCUGUACACAGUGGGGCCGUAUGGGAGUGUAAAUAAGGUGCCCUACCUUGCAAUGGGAUCUGGUGAUCUCGCUGCUCUUGGGAUUUUAGAGGACGGGUUCAAACCUGACCUGGAGCUGGAGAAGGCGAAGGAGCUCGUGCAUGUUGCCAUCCACGCGGGCAUCAUGAGUGACCUCGGCUCAGGCAACAACAUCGACAUCUGUGUCAUCACCAGGCAGGGAGUGGACUACAUCAGACCCUACCAGGUGUCAGAGUUCAAAGACAACAGGAAAAUAAAAUACAAAUAUCGUCCAGGCACAACACCGGUUCUGACAAAGAAAGAAGUCCCCUUAAAGCUGGAAGUUGUACAGGAGACCGUGCAGCAGAUGGAUACAGCCUGAGUCACGACACAUUCUCACCACAUAAAUACCACAACAAUAAGCAGUAAAAGUCUUUCAAUUUAAUAUGUUACUCACUAAUUUUUAAAUAUAAGAAGUGAAACAUCUCAGAUAUUAGAUAAACACUGUCAUCAUGGUUUCUACUCUGCUGUUAUGCUUCACUGUGAUGUGGAAAAGGUCAGAAAUACUGCAGGAGUUAGUACUACAGUUAGCAGAGAGACUGCUACCAGGCAACAAUGAGAAGACUGUAACAUGUUUUUACAAUCGGGAUUAUAAUAAAAUGUCAUUGAAUAAAAUUUCA